UGUCAGUCAACUCAAUGAAACGAGACAAGACAUAGUCGCGUAAAUUUGUUUGCUUGCAGUGUAGGUACUCGCCGUAGUUUCUUUGUAUUCCAUAGCAGAUGUUGAGCAAAUUUCUAGCUCGUGUGAAUUGUGAGGAAUAUUUUGAUGCCAUGCGCUUGGGACACUUUCAAAGGAGUCGGCUCCGUUCAUCAUAACGCUUGGCGAGAAUGGCCGCUUCUGCUACUGAAAUCGAAGAAUUCUUGAGCGGCCCCCUUGUUUCUUGGUUAAAAUCAUGCCUACCAAGUCCAGAAUGCAUAAAAGAGUACUCUGCUCUAUUCAGCGGGGAGCUCCUCCAGCAAGUUUACCUCCUGAUAGACCCAGAGCCUUCCUUCCAUAUCACAAAACUAGCUGGUUUAGAAGACCAGGCAUUAAUAUUAGGGAGAGUUAAGAACUUUGAUGCUAUCAUCAAAAAUGUAAAGGGUUUGUAUGAAGAAGAACUCGGGAUGACACUCCUGGUGGUACCAGAAUGUAUAUGCUUGGGGAAAACACCGGAAUCCAGGGAAGGAUUGGAGAACAUGAAACUGUUAAUAUUGUUGUUGCUUGGGGCUGCUGUUCAGUGUCCCAAUAAGGAGACAUUCAUCACUAGGAUUAAAGAAUUAGAUGUGGAACUACAACAUAACAUUGUGGAAUGCAUCAAACAGGUUACCGAUAUGCAAACAGUUGUAUUAACGCCAGACGCAGUAGAUCUCUUUCAAUCACCCGCAAUGUUCAAUCACAUGAGGAGACUAGCUAAAGAAAGGGAUCAUUACUUACAAAACUGGGCCACACUAAUGCUGAAUGAGGGGUUGUAUGAAACAGAAAAUGAAAAUAAGAAUGGUACAGCCAGAUCAACACAAAACGUCAGUCAGAGUAAUGGGGAGAGCCAGCAUUUGGCAGUUGAGCUUGCAGACUGGAAGGCACGAUUGAGAAAACAGAGACAAGAGUUAGAAGAAAAAUCAGAACAACUGUCAGAGUGCCGCGAAGAAUUAGAGCACACGAAACUAGUUCUCGCGAAGUUACGGACGGACAGCCAGGAGUGGUUCAAUGAAGCCAGGAAAGCAGUUGGGUAUAGGGAUGAGGUUGAUGCCUUGAGAGAGAAGGCGGAACGAUGUGAUAGGCUAGAACAGGACAUCCAGAGGUACCGCGAUCGCCUCGCUGACGCCGAGUAUUACAAGACCAGAGUAGCAGAGCUACGAGAGGACAACAAGGCGUUGAUGGAAACCAGGGAUGCGUUAGAAGAACAGCUACAAAGGGCCAGAAAGCGGGCGGAGCAAUGUUUGACGUUAGAAGCCGCAAUGAUCAAGUUAAAGAGAGAAGCCAAUGACAUAGCUUUGGAAAGAGAUGCUGAUCAACAAAAGAUCCAAGAAUUAAUAGAAGAAAAUAAUCAUUUACAGUAUAUAACGAAAUCUGUACUGAGUGAAAGUAAUAAUAGUAAUUUAGACACAGACAACGAAUGCGAAAGUACCUUAGAAUCUGGUGAAAAUAGUUUAUCGGAACAACUAACAAGCAAUGCACAAGCGAGAGCUUUAAAACUAGAACUAGAAAAUAAAAGACUUCUCUCUACAAUUGAUAGCCUGAGAGAACAAUCGUUACUAGAAAGUAGUGAUAAAGUUUUAGAUCUAGAAAAAGAAAAGAAAAGGUUAACACUAAAAUGUGAACAAUUACAAGAAAACUGCAAUAGAGUGAUGCAACAAAAUUCGGAACUAGAAGACGUUUUCAAAAAUGCAUUGGAAGAAAACCGAAAGUUGCAAGAUUCAUUAGACAGUCAGAAGUCACAUAUAGACCGACAGUCAAUAGAUCGUGAAUCUGAGAAAAAUAAACUGCAAGAUUUUGAAAAACACUUAGAAUCUUUGACAAAGGACAAACAACGCAUUCAAAUGCUCUGUGAUUCUAUACAGAGAAGAGCCGAUGAUUUAGAGAAAACUUUGGACGCUAAAACUAAAGAAUUAAAUAUGCUAAAACCAGAAGCAGACAAAGUUACCGGGUUAAUUAUACAAACAGAGGAACUUAAAACAAGGCUAACAUAUAGUGAAAAAGAAGCACAUAAUUUGCAGCGAGAAGUUGGUAAACUAAGAGAAGCAGUUGAGGAAAAAGAUGUUUCAUUAGACAAGCUUACUACCGAGAUAGAGUUAAAGAAAAAAGAAAUUGAAAGAUUAACUCGCGAAGUUGAAGUCAGUCAGAACAUGUUGCAUAAACUACAGGAUCUGGAGCAGAAAACACAAGAGUUAAAGUCACAGAAGAAAGUAGACAGUGAGACUAUUCAGACUUUACAAAAAGAUUUGAUAACAGAAAAAGUCAACUUUGAUAAAGUUAGAAAUUGUAUUGAAAAGCUUGGCAUUCAUGUUUCUGAAAUUAUAUCUAAAGAUGUGAAUGUAGAGUACAUGCUGGAGAAAAUAAUGACAAAUUCAGAUCAUGAAGCAAUGAUAUCAGAUAUAGCGGCAAAAAUAAAUCUGACAAAGUUAGUUCCAUGUGAUUGUAUUGUGACGGAAAAGAAAGAUCCUGAAGAGGAUGUUAUCAAUCCUCAAAUAGAACAAUUGACUUCGGAUCUUGCAGUCUUGCAAGCUUCUCUCGAAAGCUGCCAAGCCGAAAAUGCCAAAUUACAAGUUAACAUUGCAACACUAAACUCACAGAAUGGCUCACUAAUUUCACAGCAAAUGACGUUACAACUGGCAAAUAGCCAGCUGGCUGCUGAAAAAGAAGAGAUAUUAAAGCAACUAGAAGUGCUUAAAGAUAAACAAGACAAUUUGUUGAGAGAUCAGGUUGCUUUACAAACUCUUCAUGAGCAAUUGAACACAGAAUAUGAGAUACUGCUCAGUGAAAGAGAACCUGUUAAAAUCUCUUUGAGAGAUCUUAAGAUUGAGAAUCGGGAAUUAAAAGAAAAAUUAGCAAGCUGCGAAAAAAAAGUGGCAGAGUAUGACAUGGAAAGAGACAAUUUGAAGAUAGAAUCGAGAAACUUAGUCAAUCUAAGAGCAGAACAUUCUAAGUUGAAAGACGAUUUCAGAAAUCUAUUUACAGCUAGUGACAGACUAAAAAAUGAAUAUAGAAAUAUGCAAGAGGAAUAUAGAAGUCUUAGAAGUGAAGUAACUCAACUAAAAUUAAGAAACACUGAGAUGUCAGGAGAAAUAAACACAAAAGUUGAAGUGAUUACGAGUAUGGAGUUGGAGAUAAGCAAAACUAAUCAGCAUUGCGAAAUGCUUGUCCAAAUGAAUAAAAGCUUAGACGCUGAUAGGCGAUCGUUAAUGGAUCAUGUAUCACAACUCCUUACACAAUAUCAUGAACUAUUAGCACAUUCUUUGAAGGACAAACAACAUUAUCAUGAAGAAGAGAAGAUGUUUGCGGACAAAGUUAAUGCCUUGUGCCGUCAGAAAGAGAAAUUAGAAGAGAAAAUAAUGGAGCAUUAUAAAAAACUUGAUAACUGCACAACAAAACGACGUGGUUUUGGGGCGUCAUUUGUUAAGAGAGUUAGAAAAGCUGGCACAGAUUUGAUCAAUAAAGUUCCCACCAGAAACACAAAGCGAAUCGAGGACGCCAGCCGCUCCAAGUCCCAAUUGACACUUGCCGGUUCAGAAUCAGGCGAAUCAGACCCAGGAAGCCAAGAUAUGGAGAAGAUGUCUAAAAGCUCCGAACAAGAUCAAGGGUCAUCUAACCCCAGUGGAGAAUCACCAAGAAAUAGUGCAGAUUUUUCCUUCGGCAGGAGAUUUGAUGAUAAAUUUCUAAAGAAGCCGGAUUUUGAUACGUCUGGGUCCAUACCCAGUUUAGAUUCCACUAGGUUAACUGAAGGGAAUUUUGUGAGGAGGCUUUCGACGGCAUCGAUACAUAGUGGCGGAGGGGACGACGCUCUGAUACGGGCUUCGUUGAGGAGGCGGCCACAUAAAGCUGUGCCACCUUCUCAUAGGAACAGCUAUCAGGGACUUGAAGGGGACACAGGAUUGCCAGCAGUAUCGACUCCUUCACCAGUGUUCGGCACGGCCGGGUCGCGGCGCACGGUGUACGUGGCGGACGACAACCCGGACGUCACCCUCAACACCAGACCGCAAAGCACGCCCCUGAAGGAAAACCCAAAUCCCACUUACUUGGUUUACAACAGAAUAUCCACCGUCAUCGGAGACAACGCGUGUCAAAGCAUGGACAGGUCGAGUGACCUUCAAAGGUCCAUGAAUGAACAGAUACCAGAAAAUAAUCUACACGAAAAGGAAGAGCCGAGACAUGACAGAAGACCGAGUCGCAAUGAGAAACCGGAAAACUCCAAGGAGUCCGCGAUUUGGUAUGAAUAUGGAUGUGUGUGAGUAUGUGUCUUAAUAAAGUGCUUGACUAGGAAAGAGACUGAUGAGAUGCCUUGUAGUUCGUCCUUAUUAUUUUCCUUUUAAAUGUUAAUUGUGAUUGGCAGCCUACAACCAGUGAUAUAUGACAAAUCACACGAAUUUGUUUUACAGUAUUAUUCAGCAUUUAAUUUUUACAUAUUUGUUUAUAUACUCAUUUGAACUAAAAUGUGAUUGGUGUGAACGACUUAAGACAAUAGUUAGGAUUGGUACGAUAAAAUAAGAGGCUAGGGUUUUCAAUAUUACCUACAAGGAAAUAUUUCUUAGGUUACAAAAUUCUUGUAUACCUGAUGUCCUAACCAAUUGGACUGUCUACCAAAAACGAUUUUUUUCAUAAACAAUUCAUAAUAAUGUGUUGUUCAUUUAGGUAACAAACCUUGCCAGAAUUUUUGUGAAUUUUGUUUAGUAGUUAUAUAAAUACAUUCACUGGAAAUCAACGUAAUCCAUAAUUUUCUAAUCAGUACUAAGUAUAUUUUUUGAUAAUUUGCCUUAAUUUAGCUUUAGGUAUGUGAUAUUUUACAUAAUGAAUUAAUAUUUCUUAGUUGAUAUUAUUUAUGAUAUUGUAAAUCCUGUAUUGUUUCAAUUUGCAUAGCAAAACCUAAUGGUAAUGGGUGUUUUACCCAGUUGUGGUACCUAAAAGAUAAUGUAAUUAGCGUAUUGUAUGUAUUUUAUUACAUAUACUUGAUUGCUUCCUUCUUAGGGCCUUCCUGUCACCAUUAGAAUAACAUAUAUUAUAAACAGUGCCUCAUAUGCAACUGCCAAAGUAUGUCACUUUUUGUAUGUUCUUUAUAAAUUAUAAUAACUUGAUUUUAAUACUUCGGUAGUCCAAAGAGGAAACAAACACAAAAAAAAACUAUUUACUCCAGUGAAAAAUAAUCAACUGAAUAAUUAUUUAUGACUUAAAUCUGAAACUUCCAUAAUAAUCCAAUGAAAUAAUAAUUUACCUUACUUCAGUACAAAGUUUGAUUUAUGUGGUGUCUCCAUGACAAUGUAAAUUGACGUAAUAAAUAUGUAGAUUAAGUUAUUCUAAAUUUGUAGGUUUUAUCUUAGUAUAAUAAUUAUAAUUAUAUUAUUUAGAGCACCAGUAAAAUACAAUAAUUAUAUUAACAGCUAAAAUGUGCACUGACAGCUCUUAAAAGUAAAUGUGGUGUUUACAAUAGAAAGUACUACUAUAUCCUUAGCCAAA